AUGGACCACAGCACACCGGUCUACUACGAGGACCACCAUCAAUUCGAGGCGGUUCCCAUUGGAGACGACGAUGAAGAGUACCAAGAAGACCGCUUCUUAAGGCAACACUACGGUCGUCCCAACGCCUCCGGCGAGGGACUCGGCCUUGUCCACGAUGACGACGAUAUCUCUGAAAGCGACGACGACGACUAUAACCCUCUCAGUCAACGUCGUCGGCACCACCAGAACGGCAACAAUAGUCACCUCUACGAAGACGAUGACGACGACGACGAUGACGAUGAUGUGGAGGAGGAUGAGGAUGAGUAUAGUGAGUUGGAUAUGGACCAUCAUAGCAUUCAGCUGUUGAGUGGAUCGUUGUCUGUGCGGAGUCCGUUUUUGGAUGCCAUCCGUGAGGAGGAGGAUGAAGAGCCUGCUGCCUUUACCAAGCCUUCGAGUUAUCCUAGUUUUGGGAGUGGGAGGUAUCUGAAUCGAUUGAGUGGGGAUGGGUCGGCGGGUGCGUGGGGUGGGAGGGGUUCUCUUGGUACGUCAACUCUAGAGAAGCAACAUCAACUGCACCUCCAACAACAGCUCGAACAACAACAGCUGCUAGAGAAGCAGAAACUACAAGAGGAGCAGCAGCAGUCUGCUUUGCUGUCUGACCAGCAGGGGACCAAUUUCAACAACACAAACCAGAGCGACAAUGGCAAACCUCGUGGACCACGACCACCCCUAAUGCUCGGACGACCUCGUUCCAAUACCUCAUCUCUCACGAAGGUCGUUACAGGAUUCGACAUUACUUCUUCAUCCGCAUCCACAGCAGACCAGCAGAAACUCUCGAAAGAUGAAGAGGCCCUUCGUAACUCUCAAGCCUCGCCCGAGAGCACCAUGCAAGAUCUAGAGGUGAAGCGUGUCCUCGAGGGGGCUGCUGCCCUGGCCUCGGGUACCACCCUCUCCAACUCUGUGGACCCCUCCAAGUCUGCCGAGUCGACCCCACUACCUUCCUCAUCCAAAUCCAACCAAAACACCAUUUCCCUCCCCGGUGCUGGUGCCGGCGCGGACUCAAUGGCAUCAUUCGGAACCGACACCCAAAAGUCGAUGGACAACUUUUUCGGCAUGGUCAAGUCGGACCUAGACAAGCGUAUCCAAGAAGCGAUCCAAGAGGUGGAACAAAAGUUCCUCGACCGCGUCAAGAGGCUGGAGGAGCACACUGCUACUCUGGCUGGCGCACCUCCAGAGUUGCUACUGGCCAAUGCUUCGUCGGGGGAUGCAGCACCCAACGCUGGGUCGCUGAUGGAGUCACUGACGCGUCCUCUUCCUGCCCAUCAGAACCCCGGUGGAUCUCUGGCACUGAGGAAAGAGAUCCUGAGCCAUGUCACCGAAAAGGUUGGCGAUUUGGAUCUGCGCGUCAACCAGAUGGAAGUCCUUGUCUCCUACAAGCUUGUCGAUAUCGAAUCCAAGGUGAAAGAUCUGCAUGGUGCUCACAACUCGAUUGCCCAAAAGGUCCAUCAGGUUGCCAAAUCUCACAAGUCCAACAUGCAGGGGCUCCGUGCAGGAGACGGCGUCGGAGAGAACACCAUUAAUGCCGAGGAGGCUCGUAUCUCGGCCGCGAUGCAACCCUACCGCGACAUUGAACCCCAAGGUCCUAGCCAAGGCGCCAGUGCCUACCUCGAACCCUUCGAGGGUGGUAGCAAUGGUAAUGUCGGUGAUGGGAUCGUCAGUCUGCGAAGAGCUGGGUCUGCUCGUGAUGUUGGUGCCUCGAAUGAGUUGGUCGAUACGUCAUCGUCUAUUGUUGAGCUGCGACAUGAGCUCCAAGUGCUGGGUAUGCGGUAUCAAGAGCUGAAUGAUGGGCUGUUGACGGAUCUGAUGGGCCAGAUGCGUGAUGCAAAGUUGGUGCUGUUCCAGAGUGUGGAUGAGGUCGAUGGUCGGAUAAGCAAGCGAGUCGAUCGGAUUGAGGCCGAGAUGCAUUCCAAGCUGCUGAGCGAGAUUGAAGGGCGAGUUCAGGAACGCGUUCGAGCCAUGGAACAGACAUCAGCAAGGUUGGAAAAGUGCUUUGACAAGAUGGAGGGUCGACUUGGUGCCUUGGAGACGGUGUUGGCUUCGCGACGACCAAGACCCGAGAGCAUGUACCAACUCUUGCAACAGCAACUUCAGCAGCAGCAACAGCAGGAUGAAGAGAACGGGAUCCCACCUCAUGCGGGUACUUUUUCGGGCUUCCCCUCGAGUCCGCCACACCGGUCUGUCACGUCCAUGGUCUUUUCCGAUUCGGAUAUUAAGCCUGCGGAGACAUAUACCCGACCCCGGCGUCGUACUCUGGCCGAGAAUGGUAUCUACACCGACACUCAGCAGUCUCGUCAGAGUCAGGACGACAAUGCACCCUUGAUGAUGCUCGACACCUCUUCCAACUAUUCGACCGUCAAGGACAACAGCAGCUCUGGACUCAGCAGCAGCUACCCCAACAGCAACACCACCAACAUGGGCCGAGUCUCCACAGCACUCGAAGGGUUCGUCAGCUCACACCAAAGCAGACCCUCGUGGUCACCCUCCCGCGGUAUUUCAACCACCGCAGCCUCACAGACAUCCAGGAGCGAGACCUCAUUAGUAGCAUCACCCUUGGAGCGUGGUACGGUCAUUGGCAGUCGGAUGGGCACGAUCCACCCUGAGUACAUCCCCAAGACUACCUACGUCCCCACCACCCCUAUCCGAGAGCGCUUCUCCGACAGCCCCUUGUCUUCGACGCCAACAAGGAAGGGAUUUGACAGCGGCGAUCAAGAACCGUCUGACCAUGGUUCACGAGGUCGUAGAGUGUCCCUCUCUAGUUUCGACUCCAACAGUCUUUCGGCACUGAAACCCAUCAAGGCCACGGCCACUACCGCCACUGCUGCUGCUACUCCCGCCGAAUCGACUGCUACCUCCAUCGUCACCACCACUACCACAACGACUACCAUGACCACCCAACAGCACACUGCCAACAACACUGGAGGCCCUGCAGGCCGUGGCGGCAACCUCAGCGUCAAGUCUUUAUCCUCCUCCUCGCUCAGCGUAAAACUGAACAGCGCCGCCGGCAGCGGAGCCAACAGUCCCACCACCCCCACUCACACUGGAGGAACCACUGUAACAAAAACGAUGCAACGAGCCAUGACAUUCGACACCCUCCAAUCCCAAGCGGCAUCCGGAGCAGGAUCAAUCACGAGUGUCAAGACUGUCAAGACCCCCGUCCAAGGCCCUUCUUCCUAUAGAGACUUGCUUCAUUUCUGGAAGGCUGGUGGAAGUGGGAAUAGUGGUAGUGGUAGUGCUGCAGUGUAG